AGAAAUUUUCUCGAAAACAUGUUUUUCGCGCUUUUCGAAUCGAACACAUUGUCAACGAAAAAAGUUUUUUUUGUUUCUCUUCUUAAACCACGGCUGUAUAAAGAUAAAGAGAAAAAAAUAUGGGAAAAGAGACAAUAAUAAAUUCAAAAUCAUCAAAUCAUGAAAUUAAUGAUGAUAACAAUCAAUCAUCAUUAAUCAAUAAAUCAUCGAUCGAUUAUGAACAGAAUUCCGAUCAAUCAUCAUCAUUGUUGACAAAUUUAUUACCAAUUCCACCUGUAUCAACUGGUAAACGUAAUGAUUAUCUAAUAUGGUGGGAUUAUUUUAUGUCCAUAGCAUAUAUUGUUUCAUUACGAUCAAAAGAUCCGAAUACACGUGUUGGUGCAUGUAUUGUUAACGAUGAAAAUCGUAUUGUUGGUCUUGGCUAUAAUGGUAUGCCAAAUAAUUGUUCCGAUGAUGAACUACCAUGGUUUCGUACGAAUGAUGAUCCAAUGCAAAUCAAAUACCUAUAUGUUUGUCAUGCCGAAAUGAAUGCAAUAUUGAACAAAAAUAGUUAUGAUUGUAAAAAUUGUUCAAUUUUUGUUCUAUUAUUCCCUUGUAAUGAUUGUGCUAAAAUGAUUAUACAGGCUGGUAUUAAACGUAUUGUUUAUUUAUCCGAUCGUUAUUCGAAUGAUAUAAAAUUCAAAGCAAGUCGAAAAUUAUUAGUUAUGGCCGGUAUUGAAUUAAUAAAAUAUCAACCAAAACAACGUCAAAUUUUAAUUGAUUUUGAUCGAUUUAUUGAUAAAUAAUCAUAAUGUCAACAACUGUAACAACAACGAUU